AUGGGUCAUGAAAAGAUCAUUAGGAGUUCUUAUGAAGAGGAAAACCUGUGUAGUAUUUGCCUAAGUCCAUUUUCAUAUUUAGAGAAAGAGGAGUCAGUUAUUAAAGAAAAUAAUAUAGAAAAAAAUAUUGAAGAUUGUUUAAAGCCAAGAAAGACAGAUAUUGCGUAUUUGGGGAAUUGUAGGCAUUUUUUUCAUUAUUAUUGUAUUGAAUUAUGGGUAAAGAUUGCAAAUACAUGUCCAGUGUGUAGAUAUUGUUUUGAUUAUAUAAGUCUAUCACGUUUUUUAGGAGGGCCCAUUUUUGCCCAUCAUCCAGUAGAAAAAAGAGUAAAAUCGGUUGAUUUUGAAGCAUUGAAUGAAGAGGAUAUUUGCCGUUGUAUUAUAUGUGGAAGCUGCGAAGAUGAACAAGUUCUUUUGUUAUGCGAUGGAUGUGAUGAUGGGUAUCAUACAUAUUGUUUAGGACUUGAUGAAGUUCCAAGACAAGAUUUUUUUUGUCCAACAUGUAUAACUCUUUCAGAAGAAUAUUUUUCUUAUGCUCCAAGACGUAGAGGAGCUAUGAGACGUUCAGGAUUGUUAAUUAUAGGACAACGGGUUAAUAGAAAUAAUCAUAGUGGUCGUGUAUCCAGUGGUUUAAAUAGAAGUACUAGGCAAGAAAGAAUGCGUAAUAUUUCUUUGAACAAUCGUUGGUUUCAAAGGGCUUAUCAUGAUUAUGGUUUAUGGGGCAUACGGAAUAAUGAAGCAGGAGGGGAAAGGAAUCAUACAUCUACUUCUUUGGCUUAUAGAGAUGAAUCAUCAUAUAAUUCAGGAAAGUCUCGAUCAGGAUUAUUGAGUUUGAGUCCUGAAGAAAAGGCUUGGAAAAUGUAUGAAGUUCAAAAGUGUGGUGAAAAGAUUGAAAAAUAUGAUGAUUCGUUUAAAGAUGAUUUUUUGUCUUUGACAUCUCAAAAAAAGUUUAAACGUCCCUUGAUAGCAAGAAAUGAAAUUAAGAAUAUGGGAUAUACUUCUGGAGAACGUAUCUCUAGUGUUUCAAACGAUGAUUAUUCUAUAUCCUAUGUUAAAGGAAAGGCAAAGGAGAAUAAUGAUAGUCAGUUAGGUUUUUUGCAAAAUUUGUUGAAUGAUAUAUCAAAUACUUCUAAUUAUUCAUAUCAAUUAAAGCAUGAUACAGAAUCUUUUGAAAAUUAUUACAAUAAAGUGUCAUAUGAUUCAGAAACAUCUAAAAAGAAAAAUAGUUCCGUUUUUAUUUCAAAUGUAUCGUUUACAGAUGAUAAUACUCAAAAGGAUUCUUUUCAAUCAAUUUCUGAUACAUUUUCGGGAACGCAAUCUAAAAAAGUCUAUCAUUCCUCAGCUAUGUCUUCUUCUAUGGCCUUAUCGGAAUCAUUUCUGACUACGUUUUCUUCUUUUUCAUCAAAGUCUACUUCUAAGUCUCCUAUUAUAUCUCCUGGAAGAAAAAUUGCAUUUACAAUUAAAAAAAAAAUUGAAAAAAUUGUUUCUAAAGAGCUGCGGUUAUAUUAUCCGGAAAAAAUAUCAAAGGAUACUUGUAAAUCAAUUAAUAAACGAGUUUGUAGAAUGAUUUAUGAGGAUGUUGCACUCUUAGGUGAACAUAUGUUUGAUGAUUUUGAUAAUCUAUGGUAUGAUAAAAUUAAAACUGAAAUCAUGCGUCUUAUAAAGGAUAUUGGACAUAUAUAA